UCAUCAGUAGUGUUUGACUAUCCCAAACAAAUAGCAGCAAAAUCAUUCGAAAAACGCCGGACAAGAAACAAAUAUUUAAAAAAAGUAUUAAUUAUAGAGCAGGAAUAUGUAUAGGGUUCUCUCGGUACUGUUAAUGUGAUUAGUAUAAGUAUAUGGUAGCAAAACAAAAGUAAGAAAGAAGGAAAUAGUCCAGAAUCGGAUGUAUGAAUUGAUGAUGAAGCUCGCAGAUCAAAGUCAGACGUAGCCAGAGACUGGACGUGUUUUACAUUUUUCUAUCUAUUAUUUUUGCAAUGACAAUACGUGUUGUGGUUGAUGCAGUAAUCGUUUGAGGAAACUGGAUCCUCUCUAUGUGGUAUAGCUUGAAGUUAUUUUCAUUUGCUUCUUUCCAAGACGAAUAGUUCAAGUUCAUGUGUUUAAAAGUUUGAUUAUAUUAUCCAGCAUAAUGGAAAAGGAAAGGUUUUCAUUGCUGCUGCUUGAGCCGGGAGAGAUUUAUUUUGAGGAUUUCUCUGUGGAUUUGCUCCAGCCAGACGAUAGAAAUCAUUCGAGCGAAUCUCCAAUCACAUCGUCAUCGCACUCUUCGUCAUCACAUGCAUCGCAGUCGAUCAUCGGUCGAUUGAAGAUGUGCUCAAAGUCGGUGGUAUUCGAGGCUAAGGACAAUCUUCGAAUGCCGCUGAUAAAAAUUGCCUACAAGGAUUGCCUACAGAUUCGACGCUGGGAGCCGACCGGCGUCAAAGCGCUCGAAUACAAUGUGCUGGCCAUCGAGUGCUCCCAGUACACCGAGAUGCUGAAUGACAAUGUGGUUCAACCGUAUCACUUCCGACAGCAUAGACGCUUCUUUCUGUUCAACUUUCACUACGCCAAGCUGGAGGAUUACAUCCAGCAGCUGUGUCAGCUUCAUCGAGCCUCGACCUUGCAUGCUUACGAGCAGAACAGCAUGAUUGCAACCAUCGUCUUUUCGCGGCACAAUCGAGUGCGCUUCAACCCGCUGUGGCUGGACAAUCUGUACGAGAAGAUUAUCGUAGACUAUCAGGUGGACGAAAUCAAUCCGCUGGUGGUGAAUCCCGGCCGGUUGCUGCUGACCAAUGUAUUUCUGUACUUUCAACCGUACAACAACAUCCAAACGUACCCAGUGCUCAAAAUCCGUCUUAAAUCUAUCAAAAGCUUCCUUAAACGCCGUUUCUUGUUGCGGCACGUGGGACUGGAGGUCAGAUGGACCCAGGGCGACCAGGAAAAACUGCUCUACGUGUCGUUUCGAAACCAAUCGGAACGCGAUGAUUUCUUCAACAAUGUAACCCAGCAGGAAGACUUUUCCGUCGUCGAACAAAUCCCGGAAAGCAUUACCCUCAAGUGGCAAAAUGGUAUCAUAUCCAACUACGAAUACUUGCUCUACCUAAACAGCUUAGCCGAUCGAACAUAUCAAGAUCUAACGCAAUAUCCGGUGUUUCCGUGGGUGAUAUCCGAUUAUAGCUCCGAUUGGUUGGAUUUGAACGACCCCAAGGUGUACCGGGAUCUAACGAAACCCAUUGGGGCGCUGAACGAGGAGAGAUUGCAAAGACUGAAGGAGCGUUGCGAGGAAAUGGGCGAUCCCAAGUUUCUCUACGGGUCGCACUACUCCGCUCCAGGGUUGGUUCUGUUUUAUCUGGUGAGAAAAUAUCCCAAACUGAUGCUGUGCUUACAAAACGGAAGGUUCGACCACCCGGACCGGAUGUUCAACAAAGUGGAGGACGUGUUCAACAAUUGUCUGAACAACAUGGCCGAUUUCAAGGAAUUGAUUCCGGAGUUUUACGAUACGGAGACGAAGGGUGAUUUUCUGUUGAAUAAAAUGAAAAUUAACUUUGGGCAGAAGUUCGAUGGAACGCCGGUUAACCAUGUGAGUCUUCCGAAGUGGGCCGACGGAAGUCCGGAGAAGUUCGUAGGAAUGCUACGCGAAGCGCUGGAGUCGGAUUAUGUCAGCAGUAGGUUACAUCAUUGGAUUGAUUUGAUCUUUGGGUAUAAGCAACGGGGAGAAGAAGCUUUGAAGGCGGACAAUUUAUUCUACUACCUCUGCUACGAAGGUUCUGUGGAUUUAGAUCAAAUAAAAGACCUAGCUGCCAGGCACGCGCUGGAAGUGCAAAUCUCCGAAUUCGGCCAAAUUCCCAAGCAAUUGUUCCGGACGCCUCACGUAUCAAAACUGCUAAGCAUUGAUGCUCCCGUGGGAUGCCCGAGAACGUUAUCCAUGGACGGAGAACUUCGUAUUGCCAUGGAUGCCCAAUACUUUUCGCAUAAGGAUGAAAUUACCUCGAUGUUGUUGGACGAGGAAACGAAACAUAUUUUUACAACAAGCAAGGACGGUACAUUUAAGUGUUAUAGCUUGCUGGAAAGGAGACAAAUCCGAAGCGUGCAGAUAAGUGACAUGCCCCUCAGUGCAAUACGGCUGACUAACGGAAAGUCGGCUAUACUGGGUUGUUGGGACAAUAGCAUAAUUAUUUACAAUUUAGACUACGGAAAAAUCUCUCAGGUGAUUGCGGCCCAUGACGAUGCUGUGUCCUGUUUGUCCAGUGUUAAAGGAAGCGAAAUAUUGGUGUCCGGAAGUUGGGAUUGCAGUGUUAAGAUUUGGAACGACUUCCACAUUGAUUCCGUCAUCGGUUACCUUCCACUGGAGGACAAAAUCGUGUGUUUGGACACGUUUCAGUCGGAUUGUUCCUUGCGGGUCGCGAUCGGCACUGCCUGCGGUGAACUGUUUCUCUGGAACCUCCAAGUAACACGAGAACAAUCGGGCCAAAGUCUGCCAUACAUCGACUCACAAGAGCACAAACUCGUUCUCCAGCACAAGGAGGCCGUGUGCGUGGUGCGGUUCAACCGCAAUUGUUCGUUGAUUGUAAGCUGCGGUGAGGAUCGAAUGUUCAACAUCAUCGACAUCGAGACGGGAAUGGUGAUAUUCAAGCGGGAAAUGCCGAUACCAAUCAGAAGUCUUUGCUGGGCAAAGGACGACAAGUAUCUCUUGAUGGGAGACCAGGGUGGGACAAUGUAUGUGUGGAACAUGCUGGAAGGACUGAUUCAAAAAGAAGUUCGAGUGCAUUCCGAUUGCAUUUAUUGUAUCGGAUGCACGGACAAGAGUCAAAUAGUAACAAGUGGCAAAGACGACCGUGACUAUUGUGUCAAAAUUUGGAAGAGCAAUCUGUGAGAACGCUGCGUCCAUUUUAUUCAG